AAUGUUUUUGUUACAUGGGUUGGAAUACGAGGGAAGUAUCAGUUCUGAUGGGCAACUUGAGGUGAGCAAAUCUGAAAGCCAUGUCUCCAAUUUGGGUCGUUGUAGCGUGCUUCCUGCUGAAUGGAAUCGCGGACGGAAGAAAGGGCCACGGCCCGGGCGAGCAGGAAUGGGGAUACGUCGACGUUCGUCCUGGGGCCCACAUGUUCUGGUGGCUGUACUACGUGACACCGGCGUCGGGUGAACCAGUGGAUGUGUACGAAAAGCCCCUGAUCAUCUGGUUGCAGGGCGGGCCAGGCGCAUCCUCGACUGGCUACGGGAAUUUCGAGGAGCUCGGUCCUCUCGAUGUCGACGGAAAUCGUCGGAACCACACGUGGGUCAACGAUUACAAUGUUCUCUUCAUUGACAAUCCGGUAGGGUCCGGGUUCAGCUACGUUGACAACAGAAGUGCCUUCACCACGACGAAUAAACAAAUCGCCAAUGAUCUUCUCGAGUGUAUGAGAAAUUUCCUGAAGAAGUUCCCGAGGUUCCAGAGAGUUCCCACUUACGUUGCUGCUGAGUCUUACGGCGGCAAAAUGGCGGCUGAAUUGGGCCUCGUCUGGUACAAAGCGCAAAAGGUGGGAUCCAUCAAGAGUAACCUGAGAGGCGUUGCUCUCGGUGACUCCUGGAUUUCCCCGAUGGACUCAGUCCUCUCAUGGGCACCAUUUCUCCUCUCCACCGGGAUGAUCGACCGCCGAGGGCUGGAAUCUAUUGAAAGGGCAGCGCUGGCGACUCAGAGGGCCGUUAAUGAGGGCCGCUGGAGGGAUGCGACGAACCUGUGGAGCUACACCGAAGGUGUCAUCCAGAGUGUCACUGGGAACAUCAAUUUUUAUAAUAUUCUUGAGAAAACCCGGCCCCUGGGUCACAUCGCGCGGUAUUUGCCCGGAGCUCAGGAGAAGGCGAACCGGGGUCGUCUCCUCAGUGAUUUGAUGAAUAAUGAGGUCCGGAACACUCUGGGGCUCAAUGUCUCAUGGGGUUUGCAGAGUUCAACGGUUUUCAGAAUUCUUGGUGAAGAUUUCAUGAAACCAGUCGUCAAUAUCGUUCAACAAUUGACGAAUGAAACAAAUCUCGAGGUGUUUGUCUUCACCGGACAACUAGAUUUGAUCGUCGCGACCUUGGGAACAUUGGAAUGGGUCGAGCGGAUGUUCGAAGGGGUCUCCGGGUGGACCGCAUCCCCGAGGAACCCGGUGAUCGUUGACAAUAUCAUCGAGGGGUAUCUCAAGGAGUACAAGAAUUUCAAAAUGUACUGGAUAAACCGAGCUGGGCACAUGGUUCCGCGGGACAAUCCGUACGCAACUGAUGCUAUGCUCAGACACUUGACCGGAUCGAAAUGAUGACGUGGGGAAUCAGAUUCUUUCUGAAUCGUCAUUAAAAAAUUGAAUCCAGA